GUCACACUGCGCUGAUUUGUUUUCAUUAAUUCUUUUUGGCGAACAAAAAAAUUGGAAAAUGAGACAGCAUUUGGGGCACUGCAACUUGUAAGCAACGGGCAGCACAGCAUCGGCAUGCCACACCAGCGGAGCAGCACCACCUGGCUAGCGUUGUAGCGGACUCACCGUACAGACGCCUCGCCAAGAUUCAUUCACACUGUGCUUACCGAACCCACCUCCGCCCGACAGCAAGUGGUUCCGAUCCAAUCCCGAUCCGAUCUCCGCCUGUCGCCCAUUUCGCCCCGCGGGCGACGAAUGUAAAUUUUAAUUGAAGCCAAUUGAGUGCGCACACCCGAAAACACGCACUGCAUCGCAUCAAUCCAAAGCCAAAAGCCUCACCGGAGGGCUCUCUCCCUUUGACACAAGAUUCCGCGCUUAACCCUGUUUAGCGGCGGUGGCGGCGGCAAUAAAUGGACAUAAUUGCUCUAAUUGGACAGAGCAGCAGCAGUGGGAUCGGCAGUGGCAGCAGCAGCAGUGGAGGAGCACCGGCACAAGCAGCACCCCCCGGACAAUAGGAUGGCGCAAUUCACACUGUACAACAAACAUAGCGCGCCGCCGGGCAGUGGCGAUAGUACGCGCGUCGACUGCGAUCACGUACCGCUGUGCUCUAUUAACGAUGUCCAGCUCCGGUUCCUGGUGCCCGACGACCUGACAGAGGUGCGCCAGCUGUGCCAAGAAUGGUUUCCAAUCGACUAUCCACUCUCAUGGUAUGAGGAUAUUACCUCAAGCACGCGCUUCUUUGCGCUGGCGGCUGUAUAUAAUCUGGCCAUAAUUGGUUUAAUCGUUGCCGAAAUCAAACCCUAUCGAAAUGUCAACAAGGAGGUAAUAGCCAAUAUGAGUGAUAGUGAUGAAUUGUACACCAGGCUGAGCGGUUUUCCCAUGCAGGACAAGGGCAUUCUGCCGGACUCGAUGGGUCGCACCGCCGACGUUGGCUACAUACUGUCGCUGGGCGUUCAUCGCUCCCACCGCCGCAACGGGAUCGGAUCGCUGCUGCUGGACGCCCUCAUGAACCACUUGACGACAGCCGAACGGUAUUCGGUGAAGGCGAUCUUCCUGCACACGCUGACCACGAAUCAACCUGCCAUAUUUUUCUACGAGAAGAGAAGAUUCACGCUACACUCGUUCCUGCCCUACUACUACAACAUCAGAGGCAAGGGCAAGGAUGGCUUCACCUAUGUGAACUACAUCAACGGCGGCCAUCCGCCCUGGACAUUAUUAGAUCACAUCAAGCACUAUGCCUCCAAGGUGCGCCAUACGAGCAGCCUGUGCGCCUGGGUGGCGGGUCGCGUUCAGCAGGUGGUGCGUUGGUUCUACCACAAGCUCCUCACGCGCUUCAACUUUAUCGAGUGAACUGGGGACACGUUUGCCUUUGCAUCCUUCCCAGUCACGGUGACAUUAUGUCAUUCUGUUGAGCAUAAACAAAAACAAAAACAUUUAUAUGUACACUCACCACCCUACACACAGACACACCUUCAUUAUAAAUGUUAGGCAACAAUACACACCCGCAGAGAAUCAUUAAGUUUUUAUACGAAAAGAGAAAGAGAUCUAGCAAAGAACAACUCGAGGAAAGCAUAAGUUGACAGUUGUAACAUAUAAUUCGGAUAAGUGUAUUAUUACGUUUUAAUGAAGAUACCUAUUUCUGUUCGUUCACUGCUGUAAAUAGUCGAACCUUGUUUUUUUGUUUAAAUUUCCCUAUUCCUAUUUUUGAAUGUUUAGUUUUUUACGUUUUAUGUCCUAAGUUUCACGCACAAGACAGUCAUUUAUUUAGUUUAGCCGAAAACAAAGAUGCUCAUGCUUUAUAAUGAUUAAUUUAUGAAAUUUGCACGUAAAUAUAUAGCUUUUGAACUGAGAGAACGAAUAAAUUACGAUUUAAACUACCCAAAACUACCACAAAGGAAGAUAAACAAUUUUAAAAACCAAA